GCGCUUUCAUUACACUUUGAAGUCAUUUUAGCUUACAUUGAGUGAGUUAUUAUCGUUUCCCCCCAAAAGAAAUAACAGGCGUUCAGUUAAUAUCCCUGAAGAUGGUCUCUGUCCUGACGAAUAUCUUUUGUAGUAUUAACUCCUCGCCUGUUAUGCACCCCCUUCAAUCCGUGAUUCGCAUGGAUAAGGAAGAAAAUUUGAAAUCUUGUAGAAAAGAGGUGCCUAGAAUGGUCAAAGACAUGGUGUUGAACUUCGAUAAAGGUCAUUUCAUUUCGCAACCCGAAUCCGACAUUUGUGCAGGCAUGAGGAAAUCAGUAUUAGAAAUUUACAACAUUUAUAGAGAUGCGUUGUAUAAAAAUGUUGCCCAAUUGUUAGACGAAGUUGCAGAUGACUUAACAAUCCAAAAGGCGUACCGUUGCGUAGUGGAGACCAUCCUGGAGGAUCGUAAAAAUUUACAUUGGCGUCGUAUCUCUAUGGUUUUCACGAUGUUGGCUGUUUUGGCCGAAGAUCAACGAUCCAAACAUCAUGACCUUUCAUGGGAACAGUAUAACCAGAUCUUGAUAAAACUCUUUAAAGAACACAAGAUCGACACCUGGAUAAAUGAUAACAGCGGAUGGGAUGGCUUCCUGGAACAUAUUCAGAUGAAACACAAGAAUAAAUUGGAAGAAUUUAUCUGGUUGAGUACAAUUGGACUCUGGUCUUUGUCAGUUUCUGGUUUGUGAAAAAUUAAACUUCUCGAAUAAUGAAUAAUGAAAGAGGAAAUCAACUUUAAUUUUCUUAUAACAAAUUAGCACCUUUCACACAAAUUGAAGAAGCUGUUUUUAUCUGAUUCAUUCUUAAGAUAUCCUACAGCAGAUUACUUAUUGGAUUACACUUUAUCAUUAUCUUAACUGGACUAAACUUCUUUCAAAUUAUAAUUACUUACAAAAGGAAAUAAUCCAUCAUUAUUAGUAUACAUAAUUUGAUGAAAACAAUUACUUAAAAUGUAAAUUCUAUUGAAUAUCAUCACAACAUUCACAUCUUAUCAAAUCCAAGUUGUUAAUCCUUCCUUGCGCUGUAUGAAAGUGCUUUGUAGUUGUUGCUUUGGCUAUGCAAGACACGUAUGUUUGUAUUAUUUCAACAGUGUAGAUUCAAAUGUUGUUCAUUAUAAAUAGUCAAAACAACUCUUACAAAAAGGCUAUUUUAUUAUGCAAGCCAUGUCUUACAGUAACAGCCUGCCUAGCAGCUAAAGUGAAUUGCACUUGCUUGAUAAAACAAGUAAAAUAUGGCUAUUGCAGCUAUUGUUAGAAGGAACAACCAAAACAACACCAAUUUCAUUUUAAAGCAGUUCUUUCCCAUUUUAUCUUAAUUAGAAAUAAUUUAACUUAAGACUUAUCAUCCCGAUGAAAUUAAAAUUACAAGUUUUUAGUGGAAUUCUAAAUAUAUGUUAAACAGAUUCACACUUGAUAUCAAAAUUGUAGUAAAUCAGGAGAACAUACUUAUGUAGGUGCAAUUUGCUUCCCAGUCCCGUGGUUUCGGUAUCAGUCUGACUGCAUGGUAUGCUGGACAAAUGUCUGCUGCUAUUAGCUCAAGUUGACCUGUGGUUUCUGAGUGAAACAGGUAAAUGUAACUCAAAUGCCUCACUGUCCACUGCAGUGAAACGUGUCCAAGCUUCUUGACCUAUGCACGAUCUUUGCAAACAAAAUUUAGACUGUCCUGUUUGUUUCCAGUUGUUCGUGUAACCAUGUGCGGGCUGGCCGUUGUUCGAUACACUGGGAGAUUUAUUGCCUUGCCUGGAUACAGGUAAGGGUUGGCAACAGGAAGGAUAUCUGGCCAUGGAAAACUCUGCCCCAGAGUAAUCUCAUCUGAUCUAUGCAAGCAUGGAAAAGUAAAAGUUACAACAAUGACUGUGAUGCCUAUGAUAAACCAUUAAAUGAAAAGGAAUUCUGUAAAUGAUCAUUUAAGAAAGAAUAGGACUGGCAUGAACAGAGCUGCUUGUAGAUCAUGAGAUCAAUUCCACUUUGUUUCGAUUCUGGACUAUACAUUUUGUUUUUCUUUCCCAGAGCUUCAAAUCUUUACAAUUUCUUCCCUGCCAAUAUUUUUCUUGCAGUUAGUUGUUCAGGAACAUACAAUGCACUAUGUCUGGAAGGUUUCUCUAGACCAAACCAUUUAAAACAGGAAAAAAAAAACAAAAAAAACUGUAGUUAGAACUAUUUGAUGGAUGGAGUGGGUAGUGAUGCCCAUUAUAAUAUCCUUGUCCUAUCUGUGGUAGGGAUAAGAUAGCAAGUAUUUUUGUAUUAAAAUUAGAGCUAAGUUAAAUUUAGAUAUCUUCUGUGCUUAGCCACACAGUGAAAUAUUUAAGUGAACUUAAAUUGAAUGUUUGAAAUGAAUUUUCAGAUAAUUCAUCUCAUCUUUAGAGUUGAAUAAUUGCCAACAUAUUUCUACCACCAUUUUUUUUUUUUUUUUGGCCUUCCUGUUUGCUUUGUAUAAAAUUUGAAGGAUUUUAGUUAUUUAAUAAAUUAUUUAUUUUUAAAUAACAUAUGCAGAGACUUCCUCUAACUAUUUUUAUUAACAUGAUGUUCGAUGAUUACUCCUUGUAAUCAAAUAUUGUGAUUAGAACAAUUUCUUUCCUACUUCUGGUGAGAGAGAAGCAAUGAAAUUAGCACCAGUCAAGUAUUGAGGUUGAUUAAAUUGAUUAUGGCCUUCAAUUAAAAGUCAAGAUUAAUCAAAAUUAGAUUUUUUUAAUGCUAUCUGUAUUCAUGCAAGGUGAUCUUAAUCUUCACUUGAAACUUAUUGAUCACACAUUUUUUUUUUUUUUAAUACUUUUGUAUUAAUGUGGAUCUUGAUUUCUUUUGAUUAGUUAUUCCUAAUAUAAGCAAAAUGCCACACAUCUGGAAGAAAGAGACAAUCAAUUAGAUCAACACCAGUACUUGACUGCAACUUCAUCAACUUUGGAAGGGCGGUGGGCAAAAUUUGUCUCAGCAGUAUUGGAACCUCUCCAAUCCAUUACCCUACAAUUUAACCUCUGUAGAGUACUAUACAUCUAAUUAGCUUCAUAAUUCCUUCUCUCACCAACCUACUUUUUUUUUUUUUUUUUUUUUUUUUUUUUUUUUUUUUUUUUACAUCAGUAACCAGUGAUGAUUCAAUCUGCUUCUUUUCUCUGAUGUUAUUAAUGCACAAUUACUAAAAAACAAGCAAUAAAACAACAUAUGAAGCUGC